UUGCACGAGGAAUGGAGUACUUGGUGCAGAGGAAGUUGGUUCAUCGUGAUCUUGCAGCCAGAAACUGCAUGAUUGAUGCACAUAAUUUGUUGCAGACUUUGGUCUUUCGGAGGAGAUUUAUGCUAGAAAUUACUUCAGACAAGAGACGGCGUCAAACAAGGAAGGAGAGGCUCCUGUGAAACUACCAGUGAAAUGGAUGGCUCUAGAGAGCCUGCACGACGGAGUGUUCUCAGAGAAAACUGAUGUUUGGUCCUUUGGAGUGACUUCCUGGGAGGUGUUCUCUUUGGGGAAGAACCCCUACCCUGGAGUGGACCCUUUUUCUCUCAUCAGAUAUCUUGAGAGUG